GGCGCCGCGCAGCUGCUACUGGCUACCGGAAAAGGAACAACGGUCAGCGGAGUUUUUAACGACAUCUCUCGCUGAAGGAGCCCCUCGGCGGCUGAAACUAAUGUGGACGGACACCGAGUAGUAUUACCGACCUGAGGACAGACCUCACCCUCGUAGCAGGUGGAGGAAGUUUUUUUAGAGGGGGUUUUAUGGUUAGUUUUAAAAUCUUUCGCCGCGGGGAACAACCGUCAGUUGCUUGUGCUAAGCUAGCAGCGGCUAAAGUAGAUUAGCCUCCCGCCGCUGCGGCUCCACACUGUCUGAACCAGGACAGAAUGGAUCCGUUCCGUUUUUCAGACCCGGACCAGUCCUCAUUUCACGGAUCCAACAUGUCCUACCUGACUCUUUACCUCAGCUCUGACUCCACACGGAAGAAGUCCGAUGCCGGUUUUAUGGAGGAUAUUUCCUGGUUUCCGCUCAGCUUCGGUGGUUUGUGAGCAAAGUGUUUGACAUCUGUCAAAUUAGCAGCUAACUUCUAACACUGCUGCUGACAUCUUAACUCUGCACUUUAGCACGACAAAAUGUUCAGAAACUUUAACAGUGAAGGACGUUUAUCUGACGGUCAGAGCUCUCCUUCAUCUUCCCCGCUCGGAAUCGCCUCAGUCGGGUUUGAAAGCCAGGAAAGCUCGUGGAUCGGGCUGCUGUCGAGGCCCGCGCUGUCGCUGCUGCGGAAAUUCCGCCUGUGGAGCGCAGCUCCCGCAGAGAUCGGCAAAAGCUUCAUCAGUGAGGAAAGCGAGAUUUUACGACAGUUAAAUGAAAUAAUGCCGCUCACACCGGCUGCAGCGCAUCACUUCACCUACAUGCGGUGUCAGCAUGACGGAGCAGCCGGUGUUGGCCUCCUGGAGCCGGGGACCAGUGGCUCUGGGCCCUGGCUGACUGCUGUGUCUGUGCAGAGCCCCGGGGAGAUGGAGCUCCACCAGCAGCCUCUGACCGGGUAUUUCUCCUCCGCCAGGGCUCUAAUAAACCAGGUUCUGAUAAAUUCUCAGGAAGUACAACCCGCUGAAGGGAAGGCCAGAGUCUCUGUCAGGCCCCUAAUUAGGAACGGCUCAGCAGGCAAAGUCGGGGCACGGUGGGGCAGCUUUAUGGGGAUGGAAGAUGGCUCAGAGAUGCUGUCUGAGGUGACGGAGACGGACCAGUUUUGUCCUACCCCUGCAGCCCGGACAAAAGCCCCCCCUGCUGAAACCACCCAUUUGUUAGAGUCAAUGCUGCGAGAAAACACUGGACCCCCCCAGCUGGCCAACAAUGGAGGCCCUCACAGAGUCCAGAACACACAGGGGUUUAUGGAGGACCAGCUGGGCUGCAGAGAGGUGGGACGUCCCUCACCUGAGCAGGAUAAUGGAUACUCCAGCCUUGAGGAGCUUUCACAGAGGUGCCUGCUAUCCCAGCUGAGGACCCCCAGUGAGGAGCUGAACCAGCAGGAGUCCCACAUCCCUCAGAUGGAGGAGAUGCAAGAAGAACAGCCCGAGCCUGAGGAGGUGCUCUCUGCUCCUCAGUGUCAAAACAAAAACAUUGCCUUUAUUAUGGGCUGCCGCUGCAGUGACGACGACAGCAGCCAGUCAGAACCUGAGUCUGAUGAUGAUGAUGAUGAUGAUGAUGGCUUUGACAGCAAGGGCUCCUCUGAUCUGUCCAACUCCUCUGAUGAAGAUGAGGAUGAUGAGGCCUCAGACUCUGACAGUGAACCCGACUUGGAAUCUGAUCGUCUCUGGUCCUCCUUGUGCCAAAGUCUGGACCCCUACAACCCCCGAAACUUUACCGCCCUCCUGCACACAGGCAGGACCCCAGCUUCCAGGACCACCUCCACCCUGCCAUGGAAUGCCCCAGCUCCAGCGACUAGCUCCACCCUGCUGUCAUCUCCUGCCGCCUCUUCUCCUCCCAUCUCCACCUCUCCUCCCUCCGACCAGGACACAUGGGACGAUUCAACGUCGGCCAGCGAGGCAGAUGAAGCAGAAAGUCUCCGCCUGCUGAGCUCCUUCAGCUGCUCCUCAGACCCUUACAGCCCUUUAAACUUCAAGGCUCCGCUCAGGUCUCGAGGGCCCACUGGGCCUACUUCCAAAAACAGGAACAGAACCGACACAACAGCCCACUCUCCCCCUCGGACUCUCCAGCAUAACACAGCAUGUUCACCGGAGUACAGGAAGGAGGAAGCCGAGGAGAGGCUGGACAGCGGCUUCUCCGAGGCCUCCACCUCUGCACGGAGCUGCAAGAUCUCCAAAAAGGUCCGUUUCUGUGAUGAUGUGGAGGAGUUCUUUGCCAGCUGUGGGGAGGAGGAGGACCGGCGAGGCCCAUGGGAGGAGCUGGCUCGGGAUCGCUGCCGGUUCCUGCGGCGCUGUCAGGAGGUGGAGCAGAGCAUUGGGUUCUGUCUGCAACCACAGCACCGCUGCCAGGUGCUCCAGAGACUCACUGCCCUCUGUGACACCUGACAGGAGCCACAGGUGGAUGAACGCAGAGCUGGUUCUGUCUCGGUUCCAGACGGUGACUGUGCUGAGGUCGGACCUUCAGCUGUGGGAAGAAAAUAAACCUAAAACAAGCCGCUGCUUUCACCAAAUCACUACAGAGCCAAUCAGAGGCUGUUUCUAACAUGAUGUUCAGGUUCACACCACCUCAUGGUGGUUCUGAUUCUGUUGGUUCUGCUCAAACAGUAGGUCGAACUCAGAUGGAGGAAAUCUGAUCAAGAGAUCUGUUGGAGUAUUUUUACUUUGCGUUUCUAAAAAUCUAGAUUAUUGUUAAUUAAAGAUUUAUUUUAAGGAUUUAAAGGGACAACAUGAAAAUAAAAUCUACGGUGUUUGUCCGCCACUCGGCUGACCUUUCCUGGGUUAAAACCUGCAGCAGGUGUGUUAACGAGCUCGUUAACAGGGGGCGGAGCCUGUGUUUGUCCCAGUGUCACGUCAGUCCCAAUAAAGCCAAAGAUGAUGUGUGUUGAUCAGUCUGAGGACAACUUUCCAGCUCGGAUAAUAAAUGAGUAUUCUGCUGCUGAUCAGGAUCACUGUGGUGUUGAGCUCAACGGCCAGCAGGAGGCGCUCUGCAGGACAUGAGCAGCAGAGCAUCUCAUAACAGUUUUAGGUUUUUAGUGUUCAGUUUUGAGCUGGAGUGAAGAAGAAAAUCAGAGGGAAAUCCAUCGUUUCCUCAGCUUCAGAUGAAGGAACUUUCAUUUCAGGGUUUGUAGAAUAAACGAUUUCUAUUUGGGAACAAUUAUGAGACACUGCAGAGACGAGUGAUGAGAUGGUGAGUUCACUGAUACAAACCCAGAGUUCCCACACUUGGAGGCCCUGAAGGCACCAGUUUGACCAUCAUCCAGGUUUUACACCUCACGCUGAUCCAGUUGGAAAGCAUUUGGUUCUGUUGCAGAACCUAAAGACUUCAACACCAGUCUGGUGGUUUUGGUUUCCAUAGCAACCCAAGGUGAACGCCUUCAUCCAUCUUCCUCAUCAGCCUCUUACUGGAAAGAAAACUAAAAAUGUCCAAUCAGCUCACUGCUGCCUUCAUAGUCUGAGACAGUGUGGGAAUUCGGAGUUUCUCCAUGUAUCUGAGCUGAUCUUCAUAAAAACGGAGAAUGUGUUUUUCAAUCUGAAUCCAGGUUGAACUUCAGGCUCACUGAGCUAAAAACAAGGAUGGACACCAGUUGGUGACAUCUGGACAGGUAGCUUCACCUGCAGAGGUCUCUGUGGUGCCUUCACUGAUCGUCAGGUAAAUGGGGCACUCGGUUCAACAGGUCGGAGAGCAGGAAGUAGAGUCUCUGCUCAAUCAUUUAAUGUUGAGUGUUGGAUUGAGUUCAGGACUGAAAAUAUUAAUCGGAGUGAACGUCACAGUUUAUUCAGAAUCUUUGGUGUUAUUUUAAUCAAAGGAAGGUUUUUAUUUUUGUAACUACUUGAAUGAUUUGUGCUCACUGGUUCUUCUUUAUCUCCUCACAGACUAAUGAUGAGCUAAUAAAUCAGUGUUGAAGAUUAAA